CAAAGCACACGGCGCGCGUUCCCCAGUUGCCAAAUUCUCCGUCUCCCUUCUCCGAUCUUCACGUAUAAAUAAUCUCCAAGAACCGAAAUCGAUCUUCAAUAUCUAAAUUAGAUCUUCAAGGUAAAGAUACAAAUCCAAUCCAUGAAGGGGAGCAAAGCGGCGAGCUUUAAGCUGUACGCCAAUCUGGCCUACUGCUACAUCGUCGACCACCUUCUCACCCUCUCCCUACUCGUCUCCGCCGCCGCCAUGACGAUGGCCGCGAUGAAGCUUGACUGGUUUCUUGAGCUCCGCUUCCAAUGGGACGACAGAGCUCACCUGCUCUUGCUGCUCCUCGUCCUCGUCGUCGCCGGAGUGUCGUUAUAUCUCAUAAUGAGCCGGCCGCGCGACGUCUACCUGGUGGACUUCGCUUGCCACCUGCCUCCGGCCGACCUUAAGCUCUCCGUCAAGAUGAUGGAGGAGCGGUUGCGCUCCAGCGGCAAGUUCGACGACGAGACGAUCGAGUUCCAGCUCAAGCUGUUCGGCCGCUCCGGCAUCGGCGAGGAGUCCUACGUCUCGCCGGCGCUUCAUCAGGUGAGUCUCUGCCACUCCAUGGAAGCUGCCCUCGCCGAGACCCAGCAAGUCAUCUUCGACGCCCUCGACUCCCUCUUCGCCCGCACCGGCCUCCGGCCCCGCGACGUCGACCUUCUCAUCGUCAACUCCAGCAUCUUCAACCCCACCCCCUCCAUCUCCGCCAUGAUCGUCAACCACUACCGCCUCCGCUCGAACGUCCGCACCUUCAACUUGGGCGGCAUGGGCUGCAGCGCCAGCCUCAUCGCCGUCGACCUCGCCCGCGACCUCCUCCAGGUGCACAAUCCGGCCUACGCCAUCGUCGUUAGCACCGAGAACCUAACCUAUAACUUGUACGCCGGCCGCCGCCGGGAGAUGCUGGUGCCCAACUGCAUCUUCCGCAUGGGCGGCGCAGCUGUGCUGCUUUCCAACCGCCGCGCCGACAGAAGCCGCGCCAAGUAUAGACUAACCCACGUGGUGCGCACCCACCACGGGGGCGACAAGGCCUACCGCUGCGUGUUCCAGGAGGAGGACGAAGAGGGGAACAUUGGCGUGGCGCUGUCCAAGGACGUGAUGCCGGUGGUCGCAGGCGCGCUCCGCGACAACAUCUCGGCGCUAGGCUGGCGGGUGCUGCCGCUGGCGGAGCAGCUAAGGUUCCUGGCGGAAAAGGCGGUGGCCGCGAUGACGAAGAGGAAGGCGGCGCGUGCGCCGGACUUCAAGAGGGCGUUCGAGCACUUCUGCUUCCACGCCGGCGGGAAGGCGGAGAUCGAUAAUCUGGCGUCGGGCCUGCGGCUCCGGCCCAUCGACGCGGAGCCGUCGCGCAUGACGCUGCACCGCUUCGGCAACACGUCGUCGAGCUCCAUCUGGUACGAGCUGGCCUACAUCGAGGCGAAGGGGCGGGUGCGGAAGGGCCACCGCGUGUGGCAGAUUGCCUUCGGCAGCGGCUUCAAGUGCAACAGCGCCGUCUGGCAGGCCAUGCGCGACGUCACGCCGCCAACCGACGGCCCGUGGCUCGACUGCAUCCACCUCUACCCGGUUCCAACGCCCGACGACGACCAUCUCCCUCCGCAAUCGCACCAGUAAGAACGGUUACGUAUCCAACACGAAAGAUCUAAGUUCGCCGUCAAAUCAAUCAAUAAUUUCCCGACAAUUAUAUAAUCUUUUG